AUGCGCCAUUUCUUCCUCGAGCGCUUCAUGCUGCCUGCCGACUGGUUCGACCGGCGUCUCACAUACACUCGCAGCGUGGCUGCCACCUCCAUGGUGGGGUACGUGGUGGGGCUGGGCGACAGGCACUCAAUGAACAUUCUGCUGGAUGAGCGAUCAGCAGAGGUGGUGCACAUCGACCUGGGGAUUGCCUUCGAGCAGGGACUCAUGCUCAAGACGCCUGAGAAGGUGCCAUUCCGCCUCACUCGGGACAUUAUUGACGGCAUGGGCGUGAGCGGCGUGGAGGGGGUGUUUCGGCGCUGCUGUGAGACGGUGCUGGCGGUGAUGCGCGAGAACAAGGAGGCACUGUUGACCAUCAUUGAGGUGUUCAUCUAUGAUCCCCUUUACAAGUGGGCCCUCUCUCCGCUUAAGGCGCUGCAUCGACAGAAGAUGGAGGAGAGUGAGGAGGCGAUGGAGGAGGAGGGGACGGAGGAGGAGAGCGGGGCAGCGAUGGAGGGCAACGAGGAGGCCACGAGAGCACUGCUGCGAGUCAAGCAGAAGCUGGAUGGCUUUGAGGACGGCGAGAUGCGAAGCCUGGCCGGGCAG